AUGUAUUAUCCAUCAUCUACAACGUAUACAACAUAAAGUUAUAGGAAGUUCAAAAAGUAAGAGGAUAAAGUGGAGAAUACUAAUGCAAUAUAGGAUUAUCACUUAUAAAGAACACUCAAAUAAGUGGAAUAAUUAUAAAGAGAUCUAGAAUAAGCCAAAAUGGAAGAGCAAAAUAGUUAAAAGCAGAGAAGAUAAGCAGAAGAAAAGCUAUAUCACUUUCAAUUAAAAUACGAUGAUAUGAAUAAAGAAUGCAUGAAUCUUAGAGAAAAAAUAGCCAAAGCAGAAGGAGAUAGAUAAGUUAUAAGGGCAUAAGGUGAAGGUGAAGUAAAAGCAUUAAAUGUAUAAAUAAAUUAUUUGGAAAAAUAAAUUUCAGAGCUUAAAUUAGAAAAUGAAAAAUUAAAAAAGGAAAAUGAAUAACUUCAUCAUCAAGUGCUAGAUACAAAAAAUUAAUCUAAAAAACCAAUCUAAAAUAUACCUUAAAAUACAUAAUAGCGUCCUUAAUCAUACUAUUGA